AUGCCUUGCGAUUAUACGGUUGUUUAUCACAAUCACUAUCUGUAUUUAUUUAGCUGGUUGAACUGCCUACUUAUCUCCAGGAUGGAGCCUGUUGGCAAGUCCAGUGGCAUUAGAAUCGGCGACCUUCCUGCCGAUGUGAUAAAGCACAUUCUCGUGUUCUUACCCAUCAAAGAUGCAGCCAGAACUAGUGUCUUGUCAAGGAAAUGGAGGUAUCUUCGGAGAAGUAUUCAUCAACUCGUCUUUGAUGAUGAUUUCGCCCUAAUUCCUCAACAUCUGACUGAUUCUGAACUAAAAGUGACCAGUAAGCAAAUCAUGUUGGACAUUUACAAAUGCCUGCUUGUUCAUGAUGGGCCAAUAACCAAGUUUGUGCUUUCCAUCCCUGGAUUAUGCUCUUGCGAUGCUGAGGUGGACCACGUCGUUCUUUACCUCUCUAGUAAAGGUGUCGAGGACCUUACUCUUGUAUUUGAAGCUUUUGACAGCGACAUAGACGAUUAUCGGAUGCAUCUUUCCCUCUUUUCUGCUCCUCACCUGAAGUCCCUGACACUCGAGUCUUGUGAACUCACACCACCAUCUUGGUUUGUUGGCUUUAGUAAGCUUACCCAUCUUCGAUUGGAUCUUGUUAUAUUGCCCGAUGAUUUCUUCCAGAAUUUCCUUUCUAAGUGCCCGAUGCUUGAAUUUUUGAGGGUUGUAUGCUGUGGCUGUCCUGCUAACCUUGAGAUUGUGGCUCCUUCACUCAAAUCCUUCGAGUUUGUGGGAUCCUUCCAGGAUAUCUGCUUCAAGUGUACUCCACUUCUGUCAUUUGUCUCACUAAAUGCGUGGGAUACCCACACACACGAAAUGGGAGCUAUUUUUGCUUCUCUCCCGUCACUCCGCCAGUUCUUGGUUAAGUAUAACUUCCUGAAACGACCUGCUGCAGGUGAUAGAAACGUCCCCACCAGGCUUCCUAUCCCUCUUCACCUGUUAGAAGUCCUCAAUGUGAUAUGUAUCGCCUUCGAUGGUCAGGGAUCGGAACAUAUAUUUUUUUGCUUGAUCAUGAGUUCCCCCAACUUGCGCAGGCUCACAGUUCAGUUGAAUGCUAAUCAACUGUAUGAUCAGCCUGCAAAGAAUGGAACUACUGGCACACGUAGGCUAUUGGAAGUAGAGGACUGCUCUGGAUCUUCGGAUUGUCUUCGGCAUCUAAGAGAGUUCAGAAUUGACCAUAGUCAUGGUACACAGGUUGAGCUGGACCUUGUGAGGUUCAUACUAGCCACUGCGCCACUACUACAGUUGAUUCAUGUUACACCUGAAUAUAAAUUGUCCCCCCAGAAGAUUAUUAAGUUCAUGAAGGAGGCUAUGCAAUAUACGCGUGUUUCUAAAGAAGCUAAGGUUAUGUAUGGACGCUGAGGAGGAGUGACACCUUUUAUGCAGAUAGCCAACUUUGAUGGCAGUGUUGUGACCACCAUUAGGUCUGAUAUUUGAACUUUGAUCCAUCAUUUUGGGCUUAUGUUCUCUUUUUUAGGCUGAAAUAUGCAACUCAUUGGAACAAAACUAUCCGGUAAUGUAGCAUAUCUCUUCUUUGAUAACUGCAGCGUGGCUAAUCGUAGGUAGCAUGCUCGAAGAUCCUUGGUUCCAAAAGGCACGGAGUUCGAAAGAUAUGUUGAUGUACUAUCAUAUCUUCGAAUGGAUCUUCUUAUGUAGCGUCCUAGAGAAAUAUGUUUAAGGAGAAAUGUAGUUGAA